ACACAUUGACACUGUAUAUAGCCUCGCUGUUGUUAUGUACUUUUCUUGUUACUUUUUGAUUUGAUAAAAAAAAACUUUAGUUUAUUUAGUUAAGGGCUUGUAAGUAGGUAUUUCACGCGCCUAUGUUUGAUGACGUGCGCCCAUAGAAACACAUUCAUUUGGAAAGUGAAACUUCACUCGAACACGCAUUAGAUCGAUGAAAGUAAAACAGAGAGGAGGGGAGCACUGCCUGUAAAAUGAGUUUCUCUGGGGAGAAAGAGAGGAGUGGCACUGCUUCUAAAAGGAGUAUUUCUGGGGACAGAGAGGAGGGGGCCACUGCCUCCACCAAUGUAACAGAAAGCCCAAUCCAGAAGGAGAGACCAGUCUCCCCUGUACCUAGCUGUCUGUCCAUGAAGAGUGACAAGUCAAUGGGGCAUCCCAUAGAGUUCCAGAGGAGAGAUGUUUCUACUGAUCACAAGAACCAGAGGGAGAGACCAGACUCCUCUACACCCAGCUGUCUGUCCAUGAAGAGUGACAAGUCAAUGGGGCAUCCCAUAGAGUUCCAGAGGAGAGAUGUUUCUACUGAUCACAAGAACCAGAUGGAGAGACCAGACUCCUCUACACCCAGCUGUCUGUCCAUGAAGAGUGACAAGUCAAUGGGGCAUCCCAUAGAGUUCCAGAGGAGAGAUGUUUCUACUGAUCACAAGAAUCAGAUGGAGAGACCAGACUCCUCUACACCCAGCUGUCUGUCCAUGAAGAGUGACAAGUCAAUGGGGCAUCCCAUAGAGUUCCAGAGGAGAGAUGUUUCUACUGAUCACAAGAACCAGAUGGAGAGACCAGACUCCUCUACACCCAGCUGUCUGUCCAUGAAGAGUGACAAGUCAAUGGGGCAUCCCAUAGAGUUCCAGAGGAGAGAUGUUUCUACUGAUCACAAGAACCAGAUGGAGAGACCAGACUCCUCUACACCCAGCUGUCUGUCCAUGAAGAGUGACAAGUCAAUGGGGCAUCCCAUAGAGUUCCAGAGGAGAGAUGUUUCUACUGAUCACAAGAACCAGAUGGAGAGACCAGACUCCUCUACACCCAGCUGUCUGUCCAUGAAGAGUGUCAAGUCUAUCGGUCAUCCAAUAGAGUUCAGAGAGAUCACCAUAAGACAACGAGACAAAAAGCAGAGAUCAGAGUCAGAAGUUCCCAGUGGUCAGUCUUCCCAGAGUCAUCAAACAGAACUGUCUUCCAUAUUCAGGUUGGUUGAAAAAAAUGCCAUUGCUUUGGUAAAACGGGAGCUGAAGAAGUUCAAGAAGAUUCUGUGUCCAGAUCUCCCAGAAUGCUUUGAGAGUCAGACAGAGGAUAAGGAAUUGGUGGACGCUGAAGAUGUGGAGCAGGAGAGCAUUCCCAGAGAGGGGGCGCUGAAGAUCACACUGCACAUUCUGAGGAAAAUGAACCAGAAGGAGCUUGCUGACACACUGGAGAACAGUCUUCUAGGUGAGCUUGCUGUGUGUCAAAAUAAACUCAAAUCCAAUCUGAAGAGGAAAUGUGAAUGUGUGUUUGAGGGGAUAGCUAAACAAGGAAACCCAACUCUUCUCAACAAGAUCUACACAGAGCUCUACAUCACAGAGGGUGGAAGUGGAGAGGUCAAUAAAGAACACGAGGUGAGACAGAUUGAGACAACAUCCAAGAGACCAGCAGCACAAGAAAAAGCAAUCAAAUGCAAUGACAUCUUUGAAUCCUUACCUGGACAAGACAAACACAUCAGAACUGUGUUGACGAAGGGAGUCGCUGGCAUCGGGAAAACGAUCUCUGUGCAGAAGUUCAUUCUGGACUGGGCUGAAGGAAGAGCAAAUCACAAUAUCCAAUUAAUCUUUCCUCUACCUUUUCGGGAGCUAAAUUUGAUGAAAGAUAAGAAAUACAGCUUGAUGGAACUUCUUCAUCACUUUUUCAAUGAAACCGCAGAAUCUGAAAUCUCUAACUUUGACAAAUGCAAGGUUCUGUUUGCCUUUGAUGGUCUGGAUGAGUGUCGACUUCCUCUAGACUUCAACAACGAGGGCUGUUGUGAUGUCACAGAAUCAACCUCAGUGGACGUGCUGCUGACAAACCUAAUCAAGGGCAAUCUGCUUCCCUCUGCUCUCCUCUGGAUAACCUCCAGACCUGCAGCUGCCAAUCAGAUCCCACCUGAGUAUGUUGACCAGGUGACAGAGGUACGAGGGUUCAGUGACCCACAGAAGGAGGAGUACUUCAAGAAGAGAUUCAGUGAUGUGAACCUGGCCAGCAGAAUCAUCACACACAUGAAGACAUCAAGGAGCCUCUACAUCAUGUGCCACAUACCAGUCUUCAGUUGGAUCUCUGCCACAGUUCUAGAGAAACUGUUGGAAGCACAGAGUGGAGAGAUGCCCAAGACUCUGACUGAAAUGUACAACCACUUCCUGAUCUGCAACAUACUGCGCAAAACACAGAAAUAUCCAGAGGGACUAGAGAAAGCUGAGACAGAUUCACAGAGGAAAGCAGAUGCAGAGAUGAUUCUAAAACUGGGGAAACUAGCCUUUCAACAGCUGGAGAAAGGCAAUCUGAUCUUCUAUGAGGAAGACCUGAGAGAGUGUUGCAUCGAUGUCACAGAAGCUUCAGUGUACUCGGGAGUGUGCACACAGAUCUUCAGAGAGGAGAGUGGGCUGUACCAGGAGAAGGUGUACUGCUUCGUGCAUCUGAGCAUCCAGGAGUUUCUUGCUGCUGUGUAUGUGUUUGUCACAUUCAACAAUGACAAUGUAAAUCUAAUGGCAGAACCUGAAACCACUACCAGAAUACUUCAGUUGUCUGAAGACACGUCUGCAACCAUCCUCCACAAGUGUGCUGUUGACAAGGCCUUACAGAGUGGGAAUGGACACCUGGACCUGUUCCUCCGCUUCCUUCUCGGCCUCUCAAUGGAGUCCAAUCACACUCACUUACUAGACCUAUUGAUACAGACAAGAAACCGCUCACAGACCAAUGAGGAAACAGUCAAAUACAUCAAGGAGAAGAUCAGGCAAAAUCCCUCUCCAGAGAGGUGCAUCAAUCUGUUCCACUGUCUGAACGAACUGAAUGACCAUUCUCUAGUGGAAGAGAUCCAAAGCUACCUGAGCUCAGGAAGUCUCUCAGAAGCCAAACUCUCACCUGCACAGUGGUCAGCUCUGGUUUUUGUGUUACUGACUUCAGAAGAGGAGCUGGAGGUGUUUGACCUGAAGAAAUACUCCAAAUCAGAGGAAGGUCUUCUUAGGCUGCUGCCAGUGGUCAAAGCCUCCAGUACAGCUCUGCUGAAUGGAUGCAACCUUACAGAGCGAUGCUGUGAACCAUUAGCCUCACUUCUCAGCUCAACCUCUUCACAGCUGAGAGUGCUUGACUUGACUGACAACAACCUGAAAGAUUCUGGAGUGAAGCUGCUCUCUGCUGGACUGGAGAGUCCACACUGUAAACUAGAGAAACUGAGGUUGUCAUUCUGUGUGGUCACAGAGGAAGGCUGUGCGUCAUUGGCUUCAGCUCUGAGAACAAACCCCUCCCAUCUGAAAGAGCUGGACCUGAGCUACAAUCACCCAGGUGAUUUCGGAGUGAAACUGCUCACUGCUGUACGAGGGGAUCCAAACUGCAGACUGAAGAAACUCAGCGUGGACCAUAAUGAAGAGUGUUAUUUGAAAUCAGCACUCAAGAAAUAUGCCUGUGAGUUGACCCUGGACCCCAACACAGCACACAAUGACAUGACUCUAUCUGAGAAGAACAGGAAAGUGACACGGCUUGAAGAUGAGCAGUCGUAUCCUUAUCACCCAGAGAGGUUUCUGUUCUGGAAACAAGUGCUGUGCAAAGAGCGUCUGACUGGGCGCUGUUACUGGGAGGUGGAGUGGAGAGGCCUAGAGGCUCACAUAGGAGUGGCUUACCAUGGACUUGACAGGCAAGGACGGGGUGAUGAGUGUGGGCUUGGUUACAAUGACAAUUCCUGGGCUCUCAGUUGUUAUAAAAACUACUUCACUACCAGGCAUGAUAAGACUCCCACUACCAUUCCUAUCCCUCCUUCCAGCACCAACAGAGUAGGAGUGUAUCUGGACUGGUCAGCCGGCACUCUGUCCUUCUAUAGUGUCUCCUCUGACACACUGACUCACCUGCACACAUUCCACACCACAUUCAUUGAGCCACUCUACCUAGGAAUUCGGCUUUGGUGUCAUGAUUCCGCAGUGUCCCUGUGCCAGAUAGAAUAGCCUGUUCCUACAGUCCUCUCCCUGCCCAUCUUUAGAGUCCCUGCCCAGUAAGUCCCCAGCACACCUCCCCCUUGAAAAUAAAAAAUAAACAUCUAGCUUGCCUAACACUCACACUUGUCUUUUCUUACCAGCACUGACUUUGCUGAUAGCUGUUUUUUUUAAGUUUUACUUACCAUGACUGUGAUAUGUGGUUGUCUUAGCUACCUUAAGUACAAACUGUAAGUCGCUCUGGAUAAGAGCGUCUGCUAAAUGACUUAAAUGGAAAUGUACAAUUCGCUGAGCCCCUCUAUGCAGGGUUUAGGUCUGGCAUCAUGGUUCUGUGUCUGUGACAUGUAGAAUAACUUCCUGUUCUUACAAGUCAGAGUAACAGCCACAUCUUGAGGGAGAUCCACUUAAAAGUUAUACAUGUAUCUAUUUCUUAUUCUUUCUCAUGUUCAGCAUCAAUACUCUGUAAAUGUUUAUUUUAAUGUAGGUAGUCUACAUACUGUGUGUGUUAUUCAUUGAAGCAUAUCAUAUGUACUAAGUAAUGUGAUGUAUGUCAGGAAUAGCAAUUUAAAUUAAAUACUGUAUCUAACUAUGCAUACAUAUGAACUUAUCUUACAUUGUACUUAUCUUACAUUGUACUAACAAAUAUCAUUUGUUUUACAGGCAAUAAAGUGUGUAUUGUUUCAUUCUAUGUCCUGUCUUUGUCAUGUAAAGUCCUGUUCUCAUGUAAAGUAUAUUCUGCUGUAAAUAAAACUAGCUUUUCA